AUUGGCUGUAGUAUUGGCAGACAUAAAUAUUUCUCAUUCCCAUCGGGAAAAGUGGAAGAAGUACUUCUAUUAUAUUACACUUGAAUAUGCGUGAGCGUGAUAGAAAUUCAUUUCAAUCAUGAUUGGAAUUUCAUCUGCUUUUCAUGCAGAGGUAAAAUUUUCAUGUGUUUGUAGCUAAUUUCAACGAUUAAAAGCAAGAAGAAUAAACCGCUGCUAAAAUUUUGAGGGUUUUUUUUUUUUGUAUUAUUCUGGAGCUUGAACUGUUUAGCACAAAUUAAUGAAUACGUGGUUAUUACUUUCGUUUGUUCUUCUACCAUUCGCUAUCUCCGGCGAAAAUGCAUGUCCAGAUGGCAGCACGUGUACCGAAGGAAAAGAAUGCUGUCCACAGAGUUUUGGUAGGUAUGGAUGUUGCAAUAUUUGGCAUAAUCUGAUGAAGGAAAUUAAUGAAGCUGGCCAACAGCAUGUCAUGGGAGCACCCUCUAUGUUUGUACAGAAUAGUUCUUCAAAUUAUCAGAGCUGCUAUUGUCCCAGGGGAACUUGCUGUGGUAUGUACUGCUGUCCGCUUCGAGGUGCGCAGUGUUGUGCAUAUCCUUCAUUGUGCUGUGGAAGUGGAAUGAGGUGCUGCGGAAAUGGUCAAUGGUGUUGUAAGAGAAAACAAUUUUGCUCAGCAGCUUAUGGCUACUGUCUGAACACAGCUUCUACUAUUGUCGGUUCUCUGACGACAGCCUUAAUCAUGGUAUUCACUUCGGCUACAUAUUUUCAGUAUAGUGUGUCACAUUAAAAUAUUCUGUGCUGUAUAGUUUAUUAUUCUUUGUCAUGUGUUCGUAGUAGCCAUUUGAACUAAUUUUCGAAGUUCUAAAACUAAUGAAAUAGUUUUGUUUUUAAUGUUUUUAAAUCAAAGCAAUUUUACAGAACACGAAUUUAAAUAACUGCAUUCACUAAUUCAUUUUCUUUGCUGAAAUUUUGAGAUUUAACUAGUACCAUGAGAACUCAUGCAAAUGUAGAUAAUUUAAAGGAAACAUAUGUUACGAAUGUAAGUCAUGCAAAUGUAGAUAAUUUUAAGGAAACAUAUGUUACGAAUGUAAGUCAUGCAAAUGUAGAUAAUUUUAAGGAAACAUAUGUUACGAAUUUAAGUCAUGCAAAUGUAGAUAAUUUUAAGGAAACAUAUGUUACGAUUAUAAGUAAAUAAAAUUUGUAUAAGCCAUAAAA